CACGCCAUUAAAAUGGCGACAGAAAUGAAAGUACGGAGAAACUGAAUUAAAAAUACUUCCUGAAGAAAAAGACAUGUCUCAAAUUGUAAGUAAUUACAAAUUUUUAAGUGAGAUGUUAUCAUCAUUCUUAAAAAAUGGAGUUAUUUCAACUUUUGCCGCUAAUUGUUCUUAACAGAUCGUGCGUGUUCAAUCCCGCGAGGGUACCAAGAGAAUCAAGUGCUCUACCACUGAAAGUAUCUCCUCGUUUCUUUCAAAGGUGCUCAGAAUGUCCGUAGUCACAUGUUAUUUAGUGAUCAGUUGACUAGUUAAGUAACACCGGAGUUGCCGUUUAUAUUUUAAAGUUUUAUUGACAGUUCUUCUCUUAGCUUCAGCGCGUUACAAUUUUUUUAGUGGCAACUACCGGUAGUUCAACGUACCACAUUACAAGCAAUUGGCCAUGUUGGAACGCGUUAAGCACGGCCGUUUCUCCCUACCUCUCUAAACAGCGAACGAAAAUCAAUCAACGAAGCUGUUAUGGAGAGAUGUGGGAAGAGUUUAACUUAACAAGAAUAAACACUUUCAUAAUUGAAAAUGACGUAGGAUGGAAAGCGUGUAAGGACUUGAGGGGGGCUUGGAUGGAAAUAUAAUUGAGGGAAAAAAGUUUCUUGUACAAUUUAGAGUCGUUUUUCUUCACUCGUGAAUGAAAAUUAAAUAGGUAUAUCUUAAAAAAUUGUGACAGAUCUAUGACAAAAGAAUUUUAAGACAAUGGAUAAGAGGCUGAUUGUCUCUUUAAGUCAAGUAAAGUCGCUCAAUAGAAUGCACAAUGUUAAAAAAGAUUGAAAAUUAAAGGCCCUUAGUAUUUUUUAAAAAAAGAAAAAGAAAAGAAAUUAAUGCCUAGUCAGCAUGCUUACUCAGCAGUUUUUCUCAAUAUCUGUCCCUUAAUGAUAAAUCAUUCAACCAAUCAAUCAACAAGAAUAAUUAGAAUUUAUUUUAUUGAUGUUUUGAUUCAUCGAGCAUCAAUCGUCAAGAAUGAAAGAAAAAAAGAUGCUCGGUGUCAAAGUUAUAAAAAGAGUUGAGAUUUGAAUCUUGAAUUCGUUACCUGUAGAUGGCAUUCAUGACACACACUUUGACACUUAACGUUUUGUCCUUCUUAAUAAUGAUGUUGGAUACAUCAAGAUGUCCAAUAACAUUACAAGGGCUGCAAAGAAAAGUCAGUUUUACAGCUUGCCAUUUGGGCAAGCUGUAGCUAGCAUGUACUAGCCCAAGAGGCUAAUUUAACCAGUCCCCAUUUUUUUGAUGAGCAGGACUGAUUUCAGUUCUCCUGUAAUUUGAAUUUCCUAUAAACAAAAUUCACCAGCCCAAUAGCCCCAAGGAUACAUCGAGUUACAGUAGUACAAUUUGCGUAUAUUAAGUGGACACCUUUGGGACCUUCAUAAGUGUCUGCUUAAUAGAGGGUGACCACUUAAUAGAGGUUGUAAAAAUUGUGCAAUGUUAUUCAAGAUUAACAUUUAAUGGUUGCUCUGUACUGUGAUAAAGUUCCAUGAAGUGUUGUACUUUGGGCAAGACUUUUAAAUGAACUUUGAUCAUGGAUGACAAUCAUACGGCCGGAUAUUGGUCUAAUCUACAGUUUAUUGACACUUAAACGUGUUGAUUUAUCUUCAUUAAUCGACUACAGUACGUAUUUCAAGGAUGUAAUCCAAUACUACUAUUGUCAAUUCAGUCCGGUGUCCACUUAAUGGAGGUUUUUAACAAUCGAAAUUAGCCAAAUACAAUCUAUUUUAUUGUCCGCGUCUGCUUAAUAGAGGUGUCCACUGAAUAGGGCUCGCUAUAAAGGGAAAUAUAAGAUGUUAAUUUCGGGGCCCUGCUUCGUGUCCACUUAAUAGAGGUUUCACAGUAUAACGAGGAGCAGGCACCCUACCUGGCUUAGAAGAAAGAGUAACUCUGUAACUCUGUAUACUCUUAUACUUUGCUAAUUUACAACAUGUUCAUAACCAAGACCCUGCUAACCCUUUCUUUUGUUCAAGGAAGACCCAAAAUGGUGUAAAAAACGUUAAUGUUUCACUAUCUUCUGUUUGUUAACGACAUUGCAAAAAUUGUUUGUUUAAACCCUGCCAAGAAGCCUAUCCCUCUGUUAAGUACAGUUCAAUUCCAACCUGCCUUAAAAUGCUAGAGACUUUAAGACAUACCUCUUUCCUGAUUUUUCUUUUGCUACUUGAGGGUCAAGUGCAUUAGCUUUAAUUUCAACCAUAUUUACAUAAAAGUUGUUGUUGUUGUUAUUGUUGUUGUGCAGGGACAGUUUAUACUUUUUCAGUAUGCAUGUAUGAUAAUAUUCUUCUAAUUAACUAUAAUUCUGAAGAUUUUCAUGUUUAUUGUUUCCUUAGAUUUCAAAAGAACUUUCUCUUCCCAAAGGUGGUUGGACAUUGUAUAAAGAAAGAAAUAAAACAGGAGAAAUAAAGAACUCAUCGCGGAGGACACUUAGUUCUUUUGGUGUUAAGUAUGUCAAUGAACAAUGGUUUCAUUCAUAUAGUGCCAAGUCAAGUAGCCUUAUUGCUUUUCUUCCUUUUUAUUAGGCAUGGAGAUAUGCUUUUUCUCUCCCAAGAGAUUUCUGCAACAGUUAAUGAUGCAGCAGAAGCUUCUUCUUUUCCUUUGUCUACUUCUACAACUGCUGCCCCCAUAGCAUCUUCUAGUGUGAAAGAAGAUGAAAUUGAUAUAUUUCUCUCAAAGCAGGAUGGCCUGAUUCAUAGAGGGCGAGAUCCCCAACUGUAAGUAAAUAUUAUUUUACACCUGUUGUUUCACAGUCAUGUUCUAUUUUAGGGCUCCCAUUGAUAACAGACAGCUUUUUGCGUCUGAAGGGGCUACCCUGAGCGGUAUAAAUUAAUAAAGGUUCUUCUUCUUCUAUUUAGUUAGCAUCAAUUCCACAAUAAGGUGACGAUGAACACGCACUGGGCAAUUUUUCAUUGUCAAGCCUGCUUACAUUAUGGUGGCUUUCAGUUUAUAUAUCAUAGAUUUUCUGCUGUUGCUUGGUUUAGACAUGUUCAUCUUAAAAUGGACAGGCCAAUAACUAAUUCCGUAGUGUAAAGAGAAUCAUGGGACUUUUUGUCAUUAUUAGAGCUAUCAUGCAUAUUUCACUCUUCACUCACAAUGAUUUUAUACAAACUAAAAAGUUACCGGUGUACAUGUACUACAUAACUCACUGUUUAAUUUUUACAGGUGUCAUCACAAUCCAAACAGCAAGUGUAUUCACUGUGUACCGCUUGAGGUAGGGUUUAUUGGAGACAAAAUGCUAAGGUCAGUAAAUGAGAAAUUUAAGUGAUGGCCUGACAACCACUUUAUCUUCCCUCAGCCUUAUGAUGAAGAGUAUCUGAAGAACCAUCAACCUCCAAUCAAACAUAUGUCAUUCCAUGCCUUCCUCAAGAAGUUGGGACAAGGCACAGAGAGGUGGGUACUUCCUUUGUCUCAUUUGUUACUUGUAUAAAAAUAUUAACAAGUUAGAAAUAUUUAGCCUCUGUCCAACAUUUAUUUCAGUGUUAUUAAAAGAAAUAAUGCCUUGUAAUAACUCCUGGUAUAUAACCAAAGGAAGAAUGUAAGAGUUUUUUUACAAUUCUGCUGGAAAUGUCUGGUUUAUAAUGUCCUGCAUGGCAGAGGUAACUUGUAAAAGUAUAGGAGGAAUACUGGGGAUGGCCUACACUCAGGUUGCACUUGUUCUUCCCCUGCCUUGUUCUUUUGCUUCUUUCCCCACUUCCCUUUCAGCAAAUGCUCCAUUUCCAUUACAAAGAGGCGUGGUGGCUGAGGGUUUAACACUUUCAAAUUCAGAUCUGAAGGUCUGGGUUCAAGCCUUGCCCUCACAUUGUUUCCUUCAACGAGAAACUUUGCUCUACCUUGUCUCUCUCCACAUUGGCCCCGCUUGUUCAAAAGAAGGUGGAUAGCACUAUCCACUGAAAAACUCUCUGUCCAGUAGAUAAUGCAAUAUUAUUGGUUCUCCUACUACUUAGCUACUGGAUAGCGAUUUAUCAGAGGGAUAGUGCUAUUCAAAGUUUGAAUAACCAAGGCUAAGUGUAUAAAUGGGUACUGGUGGAGGAGGGGUGGGGGGUGUAGGAAAAUUCCAAGUCGCUUCAUGGGAUAGAAAACAGGAUACGCUACAGCCUGCUGUGCCACUUGGCCUGUAUGCAGACUUUACCCUGUACCUAAGUGCUACAGAGGAUUCAUAGUUUGGCAUGAUCAGCAAUAAAAAAUAAAGCUCUUUUGGUCCAAAUCCUGAUUUUUCAUGUUAGCCAAUUGCUAAACCCUCUGAACAAUGGAGCUUUUACCUGAACAAUGCAGCUUUUAAUAAGGAAAAUAACCCAGUACCAAAUUAAUGGGCUUCUGUAUUGUAAAAGAGUUGUGUUCUAAUUUGACUUACUUCCAACAGAGGAAAGUUUACUGUGUUGGAAGACACAAGCUGUAGAAUUAAACCUGGUUGCACAGAACACCCACCAUGGCCUGGUGGAAUUUGUACCAAGUGUCAACCAAGUGCUAUCACAUUGAAGAGACAGGUAAAUAGUGGAAGCCAAUCCAAUGCUGCAGAGAAACAUCAUGAGAUAGACAAUAGAAAACAAUCAAGCAAAAAAAGCAUAGGGAUAAAAACGGAAAGGUCCAGAGCAGUGUUCCAAGCUCUGACUGUUUUGGUCACUGGUCACCAUGGCAACUGAAAUUGCAGAGAAAGUUACCAAUUUGAUGAUGUCUGUUCUAUUUGGCAGUAUAGAUGCCUUAAGCUGUAGUUUUUUUUUAUUAGACCUUGUUUAGGGUCUUUUUAAGUUUCAGUGAAAUCGUGAAACAUUUGCACGAGAUAUUAUUUAUGCUCUAUUUUCUUCAUAAUUGCCUUUUUCACCCUGGUUUCCCUAGUAUUAAUUGUUGAGAUUUCGUGUGUGCCUCCAAAUUGGAUUGCCACACUACAGUUGGGCAGCCAUUUUGAUUACUUCUCUUCGACUAUUCACAUAACAUUUCACAAAGUUGAGCUUCAGUUAUGGGUCAUGUCAUGUAAUUUGGGUCACCAACUCAAUCUGAGGACUGGUGAAAAUUCCGGGAAGAACUGUUUGUGUUAUUUGAGAAACAGCUUAGCAUUGUUCUGAUCUACUUGCAGACAUACAGACAUGUAGACAACAUCUUGUUUGAAAAUCCCUUUAUUGUGGAACCAUUUCUGAAUUACUGGAGGAAAACAGGAAAUCAGGUACAGCUGUUAUCCUUCCGUGUUUAUCAAUAUUAUUAAUCCAUCACUUCAACAAGACAAAAAAGAAGCCUAAUUUUAAAAUAUUGCAUUUCACCAUUUUCAGAGGUUAGGAUUUCUUUAUGGCCGUUAUGAGCAUCACAAAGAUGUCCCUCUUGGAAUAAGAGCAUCUGUGGCUGCCAUCUAUGAGCCCCCUCAGGUAAGUCCCAUUCGUGAUUACUUUUGGAGACAAGGCUUGAAGUUUUAGAAUAAGCACUAAUUUUUGCUUUGGGCCAAAGUAAAGUUUAUUUGGAACAAUUUAGUUUUUGAGGCAAAGUCGCCACGAAACAGCUGUUCUGUUUCAAGCCCUCCCUAGUCAUUCAGUCUUACAUUUAGUUGAUGUUUUAAACACAAAUGAAACAUUUUAACAGUUUAAUCACUCUACGAAAAGAGCUGAUGAGAUUGUCGUAUCUUAGGUUAGUUUAGUGUGGGCGGUAAGUAAAAUAUUGAUACUUUUAGCUUGUAUCAGGCUCUCAGGCAGUAGGAACGUCAUGAAAACAAGCUCAAGGGAAAAUAGAACGCGUGUGAUUCGGGAAGAGGGGGUGGCGGCAGGCUUUCUCUCUCCCCAACCCCGCGUGUUUUUCGUGUCAGUUUUCACAAUCGCUGCGCAUUACUAUCUUUGGAGCCCGAAACACGCUUAAUGUUCCCAUGGUCCUUUGUGCGAUACCCCUUGAGCGCUCGAAGUCUCGUUUUCUAUGAGACACUUAGGGCGCCUAGGAUCGAGGCAGGGAUCAGGCUAUAUUGCUUUCUAUCAGAAAACUGCCUUUUCACAUUCAGAAAAAAAGUAAAACAAUUGCCCAAUUUUGAUAUUUCAGGAAGGUACCCCAGACAGCAUAAAACUCUUAUCAGACCCUAAUGAAGAAGUAAUCGACAAACUUGCUGCAGACUUGGGUCUGCAGAGGGUAGGUUGGAUAUUCACAGACCUCGUGGCAGAUGAUGUCAGGAAAGGAACCGUAAAACAUCUGAGAGACAUUAACACUUUCUUUCUCACUGCCGAGGAAUGCAUCUUAGCCGGUCACCUGCAGAACCUUUAUCCAUCACCUUGUAUAUUGUCUUCGAGUGGAAAGUUUGGGUCCAAGUUUACCACUGUUGUUGUAUCAGGUCUGUAACUAGAGACCUUUAGAUUUGAGGACGAGAUUUAACUUAAAGUUUUUUCAGUUAUUCUCGAAAAAUUAACAUCCUGGAAAGGUUCAUUGUAGCUUUUUUCACCAGAACAGUGCGGUUAUUUUUAUUGGAGGGGGUUAAGCCCCCUCACGAUCACAAAAUAAUAAAACUUCUGACAUUUGAAAACUUUUAUCCGCCACUGCGACAUUCUUGCUAAACUGCUCGUGGUAGAAGGACGACCACCAUCACGUUUUCCCGCUAAAAUGACGCUGGUUCUUGCGCGCGAACUACUUAGUAUUGAGAAAAUCUCCUCUUCGUAGUUGUCUUCGUCUUAGAAUCCAAAGGUUGCUAUUCUUUCAGUAUGUUGUACUUUAUUCUGUUAGCGGUUGAGGAACCUUACUUCACUAGAGUUUCACUACAAUAUCGUAAAUUUAAUCAGUUUUGCGAUUGAGUAGAUGAACGAACAUGUCGAUUAGAUGAAUGAACACAUCGAGAAAUUAUCAACUGAAAUUGCCUCUGGUUUCGGGGCCCUCAAACGUAUUCGACCUUUUGCCCCUCCCGAUACCCUACAUUUCAUCUAUAAUUCACUGAUUCAACCUCAUUUUGGUUACUGCAGUGUGGUUUGGGGUAAUUAUGGUAAGACCCAUGGCACGCUGCCAAAUUACAAAAACUGCAAAAUCGGGCGGCACGGGUUUUAACUUUUUCCAGUUAUGACACUAGUACUGACUAUCUUACCUACCGAUUCCUCGCGACCCCAGUUCGAGCAAAUCGAGAUUUUUUCUAGUAUACUGACUGUAUAUUUGAACUGUAACUGCGGGGGCAAUUAAGAGACUCCGAGAGCGAACUUUCCGUUCCGCUUCCUCGAACUGAAUUCCGAAGGAGGCCGCUUCAGCUUUGCUGGGGCGGAUAGAGUUGUAGCAAGCUCAAACCCCUUCAGAGUGUUAGCGCUGGCUGUGGACGUUACUUAAACUGACGCCUAACCUUCAACGCACGGCACUCUUGAAAAGAAGAUUGUGUGAUCUCUUACAUAAAUAUUGAUAGAUAAAUAUUGUAACUUUUUUUGUGCGCUAUGUAAUCCUGAUGAGUUUUAACCCUGUUGAGAUAAAAAUUUUAAGAAUUAUGUUUAAUUUACACUGUGGCUAUUUCGGUGUGAAAUAGAAAAUGUUACAUACAGCGAAAGUGCAAAAUAGGCCAUCAUUAUAAUCCAAGAUGCUUGCCGUUUGCAGUUUACGUCGUUAUUUCUGAUGAUUCGUCUGGAAUACGGAAACGUUAGCGACGGCACAAAAUAGCUGCUUUUAUAUUAUUUUUUUUCCUUUUACUAACUUUCCUUUGCGUUUUAGCUAAACUUUUGAUGAUCAUUCCACCGUCGCGUAAUUUUUACUGGCGUAAGCUGGUGAAUUUUACGCGCGUAAAUAAAGUAGAGGCAAUGUAUGGAAGGAUCGCGCGUAAACGUUAAGCGAAAGUGGAAAUCCACCCUUACAUAGGACGCGAACAUAAUUCCGUAUGAAUGGCGUAGAAAGACAGCUCCUAUUUUUCUCUCGUAUAAAUGGUACUACUAUCUUCUUAUCCAGGUAACAUGGACAAUCAAGUUGGAUUUGACGGGUUUCAAGUUUCUAACCAGUGCAUGGCAUUAGUGCGUGAUGAGUGCCUCGUACCUACGAUUGAUGAACCAGGCUUAGGCUACAUACGGGAAUCCUCAAGUGAUCAGUAUGUCCCGGAUGUUUUCUACAAGGUUAGAUAUAUCGGUUGGUAGAAUCUCCUAGGAGAGUGCUGCUUUCUACGCUAAUAAUUCUUUAUUUGUGUUUCCAGACUGCUGAUUCUUACGGUAAUGAAGUAACACUACUUGCGCGACCUAUGCCAAUCGAGUAUGUGUUAGUUCAGGUGGGUGCUGUUGGGUAAACAUGUCGUUUUGAACAUAGCCAUGUUUUGGUUAAAUUUUCUAACUGCAAAAGCUGGAGUUGUUGAGAUACUUUCUUCCAACACCCUAUGGUGGACACUCUGCAUACUACAGGCAUCUUGUUAUUUAAUUUUGAAAUAAAACUAGAGCUGAAGUAUAAUCUUUAUAGUGGUAUAGGUUGUUUGAUUCGUUAGUAAAUCCGAAGGAGCUCACAAUUAGGCACCGAAACUUAUUUCGUGGUUGCCAAGGUUUCUUACUUCCACGCAUUGUAAUUGGCUGUGAAAUCUAGCAUUACUCUUCAUCGUGAUUACAAGUCAACCAGUCGUGAUCUCGCACGCGUUUGGCCUGUAAUUGGCAGCCGGCUACAGUCUUUAUAGUAGUAAUAAUCAAAGAUUACGUAGUGCAUUGGACCGAUCUCGAUUCCGGGCUCACUGUCCUGUUGCCUGGUCCUGUGGUAAGUCGCUGAUGACGUCACAAUGUCCGUUCAAUCAACGGCGGUUGUCCCAUACACAAUUCUCACUCUAAACUGCAAUAGUAGUGCGUUCUUCUUCGUCGAACACAGUUACUUAAAAUUUUAAUCGUUUGUUUGGAUUAUUGCGUGCAUCCGCGGCGACUGAUCAACGGAGUAACCACAGUGUCGGCGAUAGUAAAUGAGAUUACUUUCAAAAGAAAUCUGACGCUGUGUGGGUAGUAAAAUACUCAAGUGUAGUUUUAGCAACUAAGUUGAUUGGACUAAGUAUUUGUUUUGACUGUAAUUCACCUUGUUUGUGACAGGUUCCAGCCGCCUUUCCUGUCGAAUCACAGUUCACCUUCACCAACCAAAGUGAAGGAGAACCGUUUCCCUUAGAAAACCGUUCAAGUAUGGGAGAACUUCAGGUAAAAUAGUUCUUUGUUGUUUCUGGUUGAAUGGUUUGUAUUUUAUGCAACUUUUACAUUUUAAAUCCAGUCCCUAUUUAUUAUUCCUACCAAUAUCUUUCACACGGGGAAUUUCAAUAUGCUUUAUGUUUUUCGGUGUUGUGGUUGUUUUAUUAACGACUGUUGAUUUAUGUUUUUUUUCCUGUGCAGGAUUUUAACGCGUUAGUGAGAUACUUAAACCAGUUUUCUCCAGAUCAGUUCCUUACAGCCAUGUCUAAUUUUCAUCUUUUGGUUUUCUUGGCAACUUGUGAUAUGCUUCCUUUAAAAGUAAGUACAGCCAGCCGGUAGGGCGUAUUGUUUUGUGCACGUUUAUGACUGGAGAAAAAUUCACGCCUUUAAUGUUGAGAGAGACGCGGGGGUCAUGUUGCGGAUAAUUGUUGUAGAAACAACAAUAAUUGACUAAGUCAUGUGCAGCACAAUCAGGGAAUAGGGAUAUAGGUGACAGGGAGGUGUAGCGAGGACAAAAUCACGGGCAGUACGCGCACGGACAUGUUAAGAACGUGCAGCGGAGGCCAAGUCACGUGCAACACGCACACACACACUUGUAGCGGGCAUAUAGUCACCUUCAGUAAAACUUGGAACAGCGACAAAAUGACGUGCAGUAUACCCAUAAGGACGCGUACCGGGAAAGAAUCACGUGUUGUACACAGAUGGAACAGGGAAGUAUACCACUGAGAGGAUGUAGCAGGGACAAAACCACAAUGUACGCGCAUUCAAUAAAAUAUUGCAAAAGUUUGAUAGUUUGCCACGCAACAAUUUUAAUUAGACACGAAGCGUUCUCUACGAAAAGAAGUAGCUACAUAUAACUAAUUAUUAUGUACAUCCUUGCCGAUGUUUCCACUUAGUGGUAAAUGCAAUUCCAUUAAAUAAAAUAAGAAAGCAGGUUUGAUCGCUGUGGACCCCUCGAGUUCAACACUGGGCCAUGCAUUUGCACCUUGGCCCCUCUUGUCUACCCGACACUGCAAAGUGUGAGUUAACCAUACUUUGUGCCAUUUGCUAGGGUCACCUGGAAGAGUUGUGUGAAGCGGUGAAAAAUAAGGAUUCGGUUGCAGCACGUCGGUGGAGCAAGGGUGAGCAAUGGUCCACAGUGAUACAGCUUAUGCAAGCGGCAAACGGUAAGCAACAACUAGUGGACUUCUAUGCUAAACAUAGGCCCUACAAUGAGGGACAAAAGGUUGAGACACUUCCAUUAAAUGGCCCCUUUUUUGCAUAGGUGACGUAUCUUUCGCCUGUCCUUGUGUACCCCCACCGCUCUCCCGAAUCAUUGUUGUGUUUUAAACCCUCCAAUCUGUCUACAUCUGCAAACAACAUUGAUUCCGGGGGUGGGGGAUAUACGGCUUGGUAACCGAAUUGUUUGAAAUUGUCGAUAAAAGCGCUCGUUUCUAGACAAGUGUGUCAACCACUUUUGACAGUUAUUAUAGCUCCAUACACUGGAACUGAGGUGUCUGGACGCAAAACUCGUUGUUGAAAAAAUUAACGUAUUAGUAGUCGACCGCACACUUCGCUUCCUAUUCAGAUGUCGUCUUGAUCACACACACUAGAGAAUUCUCGCCGCAUUUCUCUCUGGAAACGUUUAUCGUGGUGUUUUACUCGCAGGCGUAAAGGGAUUCACACUCACAUUGUGAGUGAGUUUCGUACGCGGAAAAUUUCAGACAUCUUGAUUGCUGUCACAGCUCAAGAAAGCAACAUUGUCUACCAUUUCAGCUUAGCCCGGUUCCAAUAGUCAUGUGAAACCUGGCCCUCAAUCAUUCUUGUUGAUUGUUUGUUUUUUAGCGCCUUCGCCAGAGCCUCAUGGUUCACAUGACGUGGACAUGAUGGAUGCGUCCCAAUCCCCUAGCGGUGCGAGUUGGACGUGCCAACAUUGUACUUUUAUUAAUCAACAUGGGCACGAGAACUGUGACAUGUGCGGACUGCCUCAGCGCUAAACCACCUUAACAACAUUACUUAUUUAACAAGAAUAAACUGCGGAUACCGAGGGUGAGGCAUCGCAACUUUACAUUGCAGGGGAACUUUUCUUCGUUUUGGCAACCAGAUCAGGUUUGGCACGCUUUUCUUCCGGAACAAUUUGCCGCACUUUACAUUGAGGCCAGUGGAAUUUCUUUGCGCGUGUGAGCCGUCCUUAUUGCUUCAAACUAUGUAGAGGAAAGCCCGUAAGGCGAAGACGCAAGAUCACGGAGUGUAUGCCUCUUAAAAAACUGGACUAAACUCCAGCUGGAGAAGAAGGAUCGAGCGAACCAAACGUGGGAUUAAGUCCUACGGCCAACUUACAAAGAUGCUUUAUGGUGGAAACAAAAAAAAAAAAAUUCGAUCACUGCGAAUAAGAAAAAAUCGUUUCUGAAGUUCUUGUGGUGUCUCGUUUUUUGGUUGUGUUGCGCAGAUUUUAACAAGUCAGCCGACCGUAUAUAGCAAAGACUAACACUAGUAUUCACCGUAGGCAUCUCAAUCCAAAUACAAUGUAGGAGAAGUAAGAGGAGGACUAAGCGGAGGACAAGAUACUUCCCUAGUUUGCGUAUCAGGCGCUUUGACGUUAUAGGUGCGACAAAGAACGGAUUACGUAAAGGAAACGCGCGUGACCCCCUUUUUUCUUACGCUCAUUUUUUUUUUUUUGCCAGCGUGCAACUUCCCCUUUCACUUUGUCUUUCGCUUUUUUUCUGGGUCUUCCCGUCUACAUUCCUCUCGCGUUAACUGUAAUGUUGCUUUUCAGUGUAGCCCAAGGAGUUGUCUAUGCAGAAAGCUAUGGUAUUUACAUGGUUGCCACAGCAAGAGGUUUUUAAAAUUCCCUGAAUUUUUGCUGACAAUGUGACAUUUCCCUGAGCAAGUGAAUUAACAAUUUCACAAAUUAUUCCUCCGCUCCAGCUUCCUCCUCAGGCGCAUCGUUUUUCGCAGGUAGAGGCGAGGGACUGGUGAUGAACCGCAAGGGACCAUGGGAACGGUACGGACCUUCCCGCCUUCCUUUGCGUGCACAUUUUCAUCGAGAGAGAGACGUCUGGGUAAAUUCGUAUGAGUAGGGGGAAGCCGCUGAUAAUGGACUAAACGCUCCCCUCGCAGCCACCUCCCCGCCCAUUCAUUCAUGCUUCCAGCAAGUCACGUGCAAUGUACAUGAAUUGAUAGUUCCUUAAUAUAAUAUGUAAACAGGAUUGAUUUUGUGAAAGGUUUGAACCCAGGAGUCAUUUCAAAAGUAGGUUGAGUUUGAUCGUCCGGGUGAACGUAGUUGUUGUUGAAAGUGACUGACGUUUCGACAACCUGUGCGGUAGUCAUCUUCAGAGUCAAAGCGAGUUGUAUCACGUCAGUUGAUCUUCUUGAAAACCCGACAUCAGCUUGUUGUGCAAUUGAAAUGAACAACAUUCUACCAGGCAACAUGAUUCAUGUGCGUAAAAAUGUACAACUGUACCCUUAAAAUUUCACUUUUUCCGGACUUCUUUCAAAGACUCAAAUUUUCCCUGACUCUAAGUGACAUUCCCUGACUAUUUCCUGACCUUAAAAACAUUUUAUUUCCCUAACCAUUUCCUGACCUGUGGCAACCAUGUAACUGUAAACAGAGAUUAAACUGACAAAUUUUUGUCACCUUGAGACCAUUCACGAUCUCCUAUUUUUUCCGUAAGAGCUACUAGAUCGAGCGCUUACCGUUUCUGGCGGCCAUC